ACUAUCGCUUGUUCUUUCGCACCCAUUGGAACGAAGGCGGGAGCGUGGGUAUCAUCAGCAUCAGCCGGCCAAAAAUUGCAGAUUAGUUUCCCUCCAUAAAUAUUUGUUUUCGUCAACUUUAAGCGAUUUGUUCCGCACCGAGUUACUCCCAUCUAACAUAGUUCCACACAAUGACUGCUCCGCAAGCACAGCCCGACUUUUUUCUGACGGCGGGAAGUAUGCUGGAAUGGCAUGACAAUCUGGACAGAAAUAAGCCGGGUCUUCUGGAGCUAACUGGUGUUAGCCAACAUGGACGCGCCACCAUGAGUGGGCUCAAUGACUACGAUUACCAGAGCCUGUCGUUCCUGAAAUCGGACGAAACACAUAACCUACAACAACUGCGAACGGUGACCAAGUCGGCCAUUCCCAACGAGAUCCUGGAGCACUUUAAGCACAUGAAAUGCCACUGCACCAUGGGCCUGUUUCCGGAAAUUGGUCGCGCCUGGCUGACUAUUGAUUCGGAGAUCUACAUCUGGACCUACGAUCAGACGCGGGAUGUUGCCUACUACGAUGGACUGAGUCACUUGAUAGUAAGCGUGGGUCUGGUGAAGCCAAAAGCUGGAGUGUUUGUCCAGGACGUGAAGUACCUUCUUCUCCUCACGACGCCGAUCGAGGUCAUUGUGCUGGGGGUAACCUUUGGAGAGGGCUCGCACAAAGAAAUGCAGCUGAUGAACAGAACGAUUUUCGUGAUCGGCACCGACAAUGUCUCAAUUAGCGUCAUUAAGGGGACGGACGACGGCCGUAUAUUUUUGGGCGGUCGCGAUGGCUGCCUCUAUGAGAUUUUCUAUCAGGCCGAGUCCAGUUGGUUUGGCAAGCGCUGCAAGAAGAUAAACCUCUCCCAGGGGCUGGUCUCCUACAUGGUUCCCAGCUUCCUUAAAGUUUUUUCGGAAGUUGAUCCUAUCGAGCGCAUAGAGAUUGAUAACAGCCGAAAACUACUCUACGUACUUACGGAAAAGGGUUCAAUCGAAGCCUGGGACAUUAGCACGGACUACAACAAUGCACGACGGCUGGGGAGGAUCACCCAAAGCGAUAUUACAAAUCAAGCAGUUAGUCUAAUCACAACUGUGGACCCUUCCAUAUUCAAAAGUGUCAAAGCCAUCUGCCCCCUAAAUGCCGAUGAUGCUGGAAAUUUACAUCUCGUGGCUGUGACGCAGUGUGGAGUUCGGCUGUAUUUCUCCACAACUUCGUUAAAUGUGCAGCAGCAAUUCAGUCCAGCAGCACCUUGCACACAGCCCGAUAGCACGGGAUUUGGCCAGACGGCAACGCAGCCAUUACCAGGAGCGGACUCCCCGAAGGGACUGUACCUGUUGCAUGUGCGUCUCCCGCCCGGCUACACACCAAAUGCCAGCACCAACAAGCCAAAGCAGGUGCACGCCGCCCACUAUACGGAGGGCACUAUGCUGAUGAUCACCACGCAGCAGCAGGAGCAGGAUCUGCUCUGGUCAGUCAGUUCGGCGCCGUCGGUCAACUUCACUUACCUGGUGGAGUCGACGGCGCUGGAGAGCUUGGAUGGAGUGGUCUGGGGCUUGGCUGAAGUGCAUGAAUCGAAGCCGCCUUUAAAGUCUCCUCUGAACAGUGCCCGCCAUUCUCGGAAAGUAGCGCUGCUUACCAAUCAGGGCACACACAUCAUAGAGCUGCUCAAAAUGGUCGAUGUACUCAGGCAGAUCCUCGUAUCCUGUAAUGGCCCGCACCACGAGGAGGUGAAGAUGUUCUUCCAGUCGCAGAAUCAGCGAGAGGCGUGUGUCACCGCUCUGUUGUUGGCCACUUCGGAGAAACUUCGUGGCUCCGAGAUCGCUCUGUGGGCCACCCAGGCGUUUAUGUUGUACGGCGGUGAGCCGUGCUUCCCGCAUCAAAAGUUCCUCAACGCCAGUAACCGCAAUUUGGCGAAUCAAACACUGGGUCCGAAUACGGCGACCGGCAGAGAGCGUCAGCCAAUGUUUAUGUCCACGCCGAUGCCGAAUUCGCCGGCAAACAGUCCGGUGGGCUAUGCGGGACAACACUUCAAUCAGCCUAUCAGUCCAAUUGGAAAUGUGCAGCCUUCGCAGACGGUUAGCAAUGAGAAUUCACAGAUUGUGUUUUCGGCCAAACACGACGGAUUGUACUUGUAUGUCUCCCGGAUGUUGCGUUCAAUUUGGCAAAUGCGAUGCGUAAAUGAGCACUUCUGCUCCAACUUAAGUCAUAGAGAUUGUGCCCUCCUUCAAAACGAUCUACGAUCUCUGCGCAGUUUCCUGGAAGUGCAUUCUGUGCACGAUAUUUCCUCAUCUACCCGAGUGUCGUUUGAUCCUCAUUUGGAAAGAACCAAUUCGUACAACACCAUAAUGAUGAGCAACACUCUCUUGCCGAUGCCUGAGCAGCGUGUUUUGGCCGAGCAAGCUCAAGUCGAAGAAAAACGAUCGCUUUCCGCUCUUAACUUCUUUGUCAAACACGCUUGUGAGGUUAUAUCUCUUUGGAGCAUUCUUAACUCACACUCCUUUCAACUGAUAUGCCUGCAACUCAGUCCAGAACAUCAGAAGAUGCUGAAAUGCUGUACCUUCCGCGAUCUUCUUCUCACACGUUCCGAGGUCUGCGCAUUCCUAAUCAUCUCACUGAUUAACCUCUACCUCAAGGAUAAGGCGGGAGUGUCGGAAGUUUCCAUGAACUUGCGUGAAAACUGCCCGAAUCUGUACAGGCAUGAGGACGAUGUAACAUACAAAGCCACCGAGUUGUUAAUGAACGCAAAGAAUUGCACUUCGCCCACCGAAAAGGAGCAAAAGCUGCGCACCACCCUGCUAAUGUGCAAGGAAGCUGCUCCCACAUUGCCACUGCAUAGUAUUUGCCAGCAGUUCAUUUCCGCCGACUUCUACGAGGGCGUGAUCGAGCUUUCGGCCGUGUGUGCCUCAAAAAGCGAUCCAGAGGAGGUUGGAGUUCACUUCUACAAUAAUGGGGAACCGCCGGAAGACCGCGAGGGUUACACUUGUUUCGCCACAAGAAUGACCUACUACAAAGAAGUGCAACUUAUGCUGGACCAUAUUUACCAGACUGCAUGCAACAAGUCCAACAUUCAGGACCAAACACAAUCACCUGGUCAACUGAAAAGUGCAGGAAAAACUCCGGACGCUAAACAAACCAUUCCGAAAAUCGUGUCCCAAACCCUGCGCGUGAAGGAUCCUCUCAUCCAUGUGACACUCUACGAAUGGCUGCUCGCCCACGACAUGCUCAGUGAGCUUUUGGACGUGGUCGAGCCAUCGCUGGGAGAAUUCUUGCGUCGCAGUGUGACUCGGAAUGGAGAGAACGUGGUCCUAAUAGAUUUGUUGUGGAAGUACUACGAAAAGAAUGGUCAUCACUCCCAGGCAGCCCACAUAUUGGAAAAUCUGGCGAUGACGCGCAGUGAAAACAUAACUCUGGAGCAGCGCAUCGAGUAUUUGGUGCGUGCUGUUAUGUGUAUGCGAAAUGGAAAUGUUGGCUCCUCGAUAACCAAUGGCAUAUUUCUGAAAGAGCUGGAGGACAAGCUGGACAUAGCUCGAGUUCAAAAGUCUGUGCUUGGCGCCAUGACGGAGUUGGCUCGCAGUAAACUGGAGGCUGCCACGGCAGUAAAGGAGUUGAAUUACGCGUUGUACGAUAUCACACAGCUCUAUCAACACUUUGCGGAGCCCUUCGACCUCUGGGAGUGUCAAUUGUCCAUCUUGAACUGCUCCCAUCACAACGACCCGCUUCUGAUUGAGUCGGUCUGGGGUAACAUAAUCAAUAGCGUGGUAGAUGAGCCGGGCUCAACUCAAGAACGCAGCAACAGGUUGUUCACGAAAAUCGAACUCUUAGUGCGAGAGUAUGGCGAAUCGGGAGCCUGUUUUCCCUUUGCCUUUCUCAUUAGAGAGCUGGAAAUUAAAGCCUGCCAACUGCGAUUGCCGGAAGGAAUUGUGCCGGAGAAACUGGUGAAUAUGAAUCUGGAUGUUGAACUGCUACUGGAAUAUUACUCGAGGAUGAUUUCAAUGAACGAACGAGUUUGGGCAAAUGAGGGAAACGAAUGGCAUUUGAUCCAAUCAGCCAUUCGAGUAGUCUCCCUCCUCGCAGACAACGCACAAUCCAUUUGGUAUCGCUCAAAGAGGAGAAUUAUUGGCAAGGCUCAGGACAUAGUGGCCGGCUGCUUGAAUAUAUGCUACCAAAAACCCGAUACCAAUCGUCUUCAACAUUCGCUCAAGGAACUUCAAAGUCGGCUGCAGCGAUUAUUGGUUUAAUGCCCCUUUGCGGCUGUUUUAAGUAAUUAUUUUAAUGAAUUUGAAAAUGCCGGACUAGAAGUUAAGUUUGACUGAGAUAUAUUAUUGUAUUUGUAUUAAAAAUGUUAAAUAAAUUGAUUCCCCCACA